AAAAAAGGCAAGAAGAAGAAAAACAAGCGAAGAAGAAACGAAAACGAACGUCGCCUGAACUAUUUUCAGCAGCACCAUGUCGAAAAGGAAAGUAACAUUUGAGGACGGGAACGGAGAGUUUGACCUGGAAGACGACCUCCCAAAUAAAAAGAGUUGUGAGGUUGCCAGUGGACCCGGCUCCAGGUUCAAGGGUAAACAUUCCCUUGAUAGCGAUGAAGAGGAUGAAGGGGAGGAGACAAACAGCAGCAAAUAUGAUAUUCUGGCCAGUGAUGAUGUGGAAGGGCAAGAAGGAGCAACAAUCGACUUUGAUGAGGGAGUUUCUAUCACACCUUUCAACCUGGAAGAGGAGAUGCAGGAGGGACACUUUGACUCAGAGGGAAACUAUUUCAUCAAAAAGGAACAACAGAUUAGAGACAACUGGCUAGACAACAUUGACUGGGUCAGAAUAAAAGAACAACCUUUCAAACAGAAGAAGAAAGGUCUUGGAGCCAAACGGACACGCAGAGUGGGUGAUGAGGAUGAGGCUGAGGAAGAGAAACAGAGAGAAGAGAAGCAGGCAGAUCAGGAAAAUGAAGAAGAGGAGGAAGAGCCAGAGCCUGCUGAGGACCCCCUGGCAUCCUACACACAGCACCAGCUCACAGAAGCUGUGAUCGAACUGUUGCAGCCUGGGGAGACAGUUGCCAAAGCACUCCGUCGGCUAGGAGGACUUGGAGGACGGAAGAAGGGAAAGCUGAGGGAAGAGAGUGAACCCACAGAGGAGACCAAACGGGAUACAGAAAAGCUUGAAAAGCUCACAGCACUCGCUGACAGACUGGUUGGUUCUGGGAUGUUUGAAAUCUAUCAGCAAACCUAUGAAAAACUGGCCUAUUUGAUGAAGAGCAUGAGCAGCAAGAGACCAGCUUUGGGGCAGAAAUCCAGGCGUGGUGGUGGUGAUGAUGAUGACGAAGAAGAAGAUGAACUUGACAUGUUUGCAGAUAAAUUUGACGAGACGCAUGGUGGCCAAUCAGAGGAUAAAGAGGAGGAAGAAAAUAAAAGAGUGAGUGAUGAAGUGAUGUGGGAGUACAAAUGGGACAAUAAGGAUAAUUCAGAAAUCUACGGCCCCUUCACCAGUCAGCAGAUGCAGGGUUGGGUGGAUGAAGGCUAUUUCAGCAGUGGUGUUUACUGCAGGAGGGUGGACCAGGAGGGAUCUCAGUUCUACAACUCCAAGAGACUAGACUUUGAGCUCUAUACGUAGUUUAUGUCCAGCAUCAAACAAUCACAACUGUCAUGAUCACUGUCAGCAUUCAUGUUUCAUCCUCAGUUUUCAUCCAGGGGUUUGGUGUCAGAUCUGUUCUUUUUACGUUGGCUUUGUUUUUAAAUAAAUAACUCGUGUGUGGUGUUGCUAACA